UUGUAGAAAAAAAAUUGUGUUUAAAAAUAUGUUUGAGACCGUCAAUUUUAUUUUCUUCGGAUAUUUAGUCAUUGUUGGUUCGUACAAAAUAGUUGAAGGAACUUCACUUACAGCAGAAACUGAUGGAGGGAAAAAUAUUUCGGAAAUUUGCACAACAAGUGAAUGUCAAGAAUUAUCAAAUUACAUCAUCAACAGUAUAAAUAAAACGGCAGAUCCUUGCAACGAUUUUUAUAAUUAUGCUUGUGGUUCAUAUCCCACCAAUUAUCCUGUUCCUGAAGGAGAAAUAAUUUGGAAUCACAGUCGAAAUAUGACAAAAAAUAUUCAGUACGAAUUAAUAAAAAUUUUACAAGAAGCACCAAAACCUGAGGACAGUGUUCCAUUAUCUGUAGAAAAGAAAUUGUUCAAAGCCUGUAUACACGAAGAUAGAAUUGAACGAAAUAGUAUAGAAGGACUCUCGAAAGUUAUAGAAGGUUUGGGUGGUUGGCCAAUGCUUAUGGAAGAAAAUAAGUGGAAGGAAGAAGAUUUUCCUUGGCAGAAAGUUAUGCAAGGAUACAUUCAGCAAAAUAUUCAAACUCCUUUGUUUUCAAUUGGUUAUUCUCCAGAUCCAAAAAAUUACAGUAUAAAAGUUAUAAGCUUAAAAAAGGGAAUAGGUAGCGACGUUUUGAAAGAUAUCUUCUCUCAAGUAUAUAAGAAAAAGAUUCCUUUAAUAGUCAUGAUAGAUAGGAUUGACUUUCCAUCACCAUGGCUUUAUAGAGUAUAUACUCAAAAUUUCUUUAAUCUUUCAAAUCUUUUCAAGAAAUCUCACCGAUUGCUAAAGCUUACGAUAGUAAUUGAAAAGAUCCAAGCCUUUUAUAGUAAAAAAGGAACAGAUAAAAUGACUAUUAAAGAAUUCCAAAAUUAUUAUAAUCGUAAUAAUUCAACGAAAAAUACGUCAGAGUUAUUAAAUAGGAAACAGAGGGGAAGCAAAAGUGACCACUUUAUGAAGAAUCACCCAUAUAGAAUUUUCUUCGGAUAUUUAGUCAUUGUUGGUUCGUACAAAAUAGUUGAAGGAAAAUCACUUGCAACCGAAACUAAUGGAGAGAAAAAUAUUUCGGAAGUUUGCACAACCAGUGAAUGUCAAGAUUUAUCAAAUUUAUUCAUAAACAGUUUAAAUAAAACGGCAGAUCCAUGCAACGAUUUUUAUAAUUAUGCUUGUGGUUCAUAUCCCACCAAUUAUCCUGUUCCUGAAGGAGAAAUAGUUUGGAAUCACAGACAAAAUAUGACAAAAAAUAUUCAGUACGAAUUGAUAAAAAUUUUACAAGAAGAACCAAAACCUGAGGACAGUGUUCCACUAUCUGUAGAAAAGAAAUUGUUCAAAGCCUGUGUAGACGAAGAUAGAAUUGAACAAAAUAGUAUAGAAGGACUCUCGAAGAUUAUAGAAGGUUUGGGUGGUUGGCCAAUGCUUAUGGAAGAAAAUAAGUGGAAGGAAGCAGAUUUUCCUUGGCAGAAAGUUAUGCAAGGAUAUAUCCAGUACAAUGUUGCAACUCCUUUGUUUUCAAUUGAUUAUACUCCAGAUCCAAAAAAUUACAGUAUCAAUGUUAUAAGCUUAAAACAUGGAAUAGGUAGCGACGUUUUGAAAGAUAUUUACUCUCAAGUAGAUAAAGGAGAGAUUCGUUCAGAAGACAUGAUACAUAGGAUUGAUUUUCUAUCACCAUGGCUUUAUAGAAUAUAUACUCAAAAUUUCUUUAAUUUUUCAAAUCUUUUCAAGAAAUAUCACCGAUUGCUAAAGCUUACGAUAGUAAUUGAAAAGAUAGAAGCCUUUUAUAGUGAAGAAGGAAAAGAGAAAAAGACUAUUAGAGAAUUUCAAAAUUAUUAUAAUCGUAAUAAUUCAACGAAAAAUACGUCAGAGAUAAACUGGCUCGAAAUGAUUAGAGCGUAUACAAAAGACUCUAAAUUAAAUAUUGAUGAUUCUGAGGAAAUUUUAAUCAUAGGGGAUAAAUCGUAUUUUGAUACGUUAUUUAAACUUUUAGAGAAAACAUCUCACUAUAGAAUAGUUAAUUACUUACAUUGGAAUUUUAUGACAAGCCAGUUUGUGAAUUUAAAAAGGUACAAUAGAGAAUACAUAAAGAAGUUAAAAAAACGCAACACUGGAAUUUCAGUUGACCAUAAAAACAGACCCGAGGAAUGCGUAGAACAACAAUGGCUUAAAUAUGGAGUUUCAAAGGAGUAUUUGAAACGAAAUUUUCCUAAUAGUUUUUCUGAAUAUUGUAAAGAAGUAGUUGAAGAGAUUCGCAAUGAAAUUGAUAGUGGAAUAUUAAGAGCAAAUUGGAUGGACGCCACAGCAAAAUUAUCGACUAGAGAAAAAUUAAGAGCUACUAAAGUGCAAAUUGGUUAUCCUGAAUAUUUUGACGACGAGAAAGAAUUUAAUCAGCUCUAUGACGGUCUCGAAGUCGGCCUGGAUCAUUUUGAUAAUGUGAUGAAAAUUAAGGAAUUCGAGAGACUUCAAAAAUUGAAUGAAUUAAGAGAACCAUAUAAAGGAAAUGAAUGGUCUUUUAUGAAUCCUCUGAUGCUUAAUGCUGUAUACCAUCCUUAUCACAACAGAAUAACCGUUCCAGCUGCAAAAUUAUUGCCCAAGAGUGAUAAUAUGCAACUAAUGUUAUUGUAUUAUGCUGCUUCUGGACAUACUAUUGGACACGAAUUUUCUCAUGCUUUUACUACUGGAGGACGCAAGUUUUACAAGCAAGAAAACUUUGCUCCUUUGUGGUCUGAUAGUGUUGAGAAAAAUUUCACGACAAUAGCUGAUUGUUAUAUAAAACAAUAUAAUGAUUAUGGGAUAAAUGGUGAAUUGACACUGGCUGAAAAUAUGGCCGAUAGCUUAGGCCUCAGUGUUGCUUAUUCGGCAUUUCUCAAAAAAGCAGAAAGAUAUACAGAUUUAAAAUUACCAAAUUUGGAAAAUGUUACUCGAAAUCAAUUGUUUUUCUUGAAAUUCGCCAAUCGUUAUUGUGAAACAAAAACUAAAAUUUUCGAAGAAAAACUCAAAUAUUUGAAUCAUGCCAAAGCGUCUGUGAGAAUUAAUGGAGCCGUUGCUAAUGUUAAAGGAUUUGCUGAAGCUUUUCAAUGUUCCGAAAAUAGUCCUAUGAAUCCUACAAACAGGUGUAUUUUGUGGGAAUAAUUAUUUAUUUAUUUGAAGAGAUAAGCAGAAGUAAAGGAUAAAAAUUUGUUUCCCAGUUCCAUGUAUAAUUAAUAGUAAUAAUAUAAUAAUAGUUUCAUAAUGAAUUAUUAUAUGAAACAAUAAUUGUAAUUAAUACUAUUCCAAUAAAUGUGGUACUUA